AGCCUGCUCCAUUUCCUUCCAGCCUCAGGUGUGUCCACACUCCACCGCUUCACUUCCUCCCAACCGUCCUCCUAAACACCUGACCUGAUCUGAAGACCAGACUACAGUCCCGAAGACCACAGACCUGAGGACCAGACCAUAGUCCUGAAGACCAGACCAUAGUUCAGACCACUUACCUAAGGACCAGGCCACAGUUUUGAUCUGAAGACCAAAAUAUAGUCCUGAAGACUAGACUCCAUUCCAGAGACCUGAGGACCAGACCACAGUCCUGUUCAGAAGAUCUGACAAGACCACAGAUCUGAAGACUAGACUACAGUCCAGAGACCUGAGGACCAGAGCCAGACCUGAACUAAAGGCCAGACCACAGACCUGAGGACAGGACCAUAGUCCUGAUCUGAAGACUAGACCAGUCCUGAAGACCAGACUGCAGUCUAGAGGCUUGAGGAUCAGACCACAGUUUUGAUCUCAAGACCCAGUCUAGACCUAAAGACCAGCCCACAGUCCUGAUCUCAAGACCCAGUCUAGACCUGAGGAUUAGCCCACAGUCCUGAUCUCAAGACCCAGUCUAGACCUAAAGACCAAUCCACAGUCUUGAUCUUAAGACCCAGUAUAGAUCUGAGGACCAAACCACAGUUCUGGAAACAAGACCCAGACCUGAUCUCAAGACCCAGUCUAGACCUGAGGACCAGACCACAGUCCUGAUCUCAAAACCCAGUCUAGACCUGAAGACCAGCCCACAGUCCUGAUCUCAAGACCCAGUCUAGACCUGAGGACCAAACCACAGUCCUGAUCUCAAGACCCAGUCCUGAAUUAAAGACCAGACCACAGUCUAGAUCUGAAGACCAGAACACAGACCUAAAAAACAAGACCACAGACCUGAAGACCAGAGCUCAGUCUUGACCUCUUCCUUGGUUUUGACACCUGCCUUAAACAAACUACAGUGCAGAAAACAGUGCUGUACUGUUGGAUUGUGGGAAUUGUAGUCCUGCUGUAUUGGUGUGUGAUAUCAAAGUUUAGUCUGGGACUUUGGAACUACUUCUCCAGGAACUGGAUGGAGCGUUUCUGACUCAGAAUUCUGAUGGAUGUUUAGAGUGAAAGAUGGGCUCCGUGCUGUCAGCGUGUGGACUGAACUUUAAGAAGGAGAAAGUACAGGGAGAGAGGCACUUACGAGCCAACGAUCGAGAAUUCAAUCUCUCCUUUAAAUAUGCUAAUAAUGCCAUCAAAACCUCCAAAUACAACAUCUUCACCUUCCUGCCCCUCAACCUGUUCGAGCAGUUCCAGAGACUCGCCAACGCCUACUUCGUCUUCCUGCUCAUCCUGCAGUUGAUUCCAGCUAUCUCCUCUCUGUCCUGGUUCACCACGGUGGUUCCUCUGCUGCUGGUGUUGUGCAUCACUCUGGUUAAAGAUGGAUCUGAUGAUAUUAACCGUCACAAGAAUGACCGGCAGGUGAAUAACCGUAAGGUGGACGUCCUGAUAGACGGACAACUGAAGAAUGAGAAAUGGAUGAAUGUACAAGUGGGAGACAUCAUCAAACUGGAGAACAACCAGUUCGUCACGGCUGAUCUGCUGCUGUUGUCCAGUAGUGAGCCUCUGAACCUGAUCUAUAUCGAGACUGCUGAACUGGACGGUGAGACUAAUCUGAAGGUAAAGCAGGCUCUGACAAUUACUGGUGAUUUGGGAGAUAAUAUAGACAGACUGGCCGCCUUUAAAGGUGAGGUACGCUGUGAAGCUCCAAAUAAUCGUCUGGAUAAGUUUACGGGUACUCUGGCGGUGGAGGGUCAGACCUUCGCUCUGGAUAAUGAGCGUAUUCUGCUGCGCGGCUGCACUCUGCGCAACACUGAGUGGUGCUUCGGCCUGGUGCUGUUCGGAGGUCCGGAUACGAAGCUGAUGCAGAACUCUGGGAAGUCCGUGUUUAAGCGUACGAGCAUCGAUCACCUGAUGAACGUCCUGGUUCUGAUUAUUUUUGGGCUGCUGGCGUGCAUGUGCACGAUUCUGGCGAUUGGGAACGGGAUCUGGGAAUAUCAGCAGGGAUCCUCUUUUACGGUGUUCCUCCCCCGGCAGGAGGGGGCAGACGCCGCCCUUUCCGGCUUCCUCACCUUCUGGUCCUACGUCAUCAUCCUCAACACGGUGGUGCCCAUCUCUCUAUACGUCAGUGUGGAGAUCCUCCGGUUGGGGAACAGCUACUAUAUAGACUGGGACAGGAAGAUGUACCACACUAAGAGUGAUACUCCAGCCCAGGCUCGAACCACCACCCUAAACGAGGAGCUGGGCCAGAUUAAAUAUAUCUUCUCCGACAAGACCGGCACCCUGACCCAGAACAUCAUGACCUUCAACAGGUGCUCCAUCAACGGCAAGUCAUACGGUGAAGUUGUGGAUUUCACUGGACAAAGGAUUGAGAUUACUGAGAAGACAGAAAAGGUGGACUUCUCGUGGAACUCGCUGGCGGACCCCAAGUUCAGUUUUCAUGAUCAUGCUCUGGUGGAGGCAGUGAAGCAGGGCUCCACGGAGGUUCAUGCUUUCUUCAGGCUGCUGGCACUGUGCCACACUGUGAUGCCAGAGGAGAAGACUGUGGGUAACCUGUACUAUCAGGCCCAGUCUCCUGAUGAGGGCGCUCUGGUGACGGCGGCUCGUAAUUUCGGAUUCGUGUUUCGUUCCCGAACUCCUGAGACCAUUUCUGUAGUGGAGAUGGGGACCAACACCACGUACGAGCUGCUGGCAGUGCUGGACUUCAACAACGUCCGCAAGAGGAUGUCUGUAAUUGUCAGGAGUCAAGAAGGCAGGCUGACUCUGUACUGUAAAGGUGCAGAUACCAUCAUCUACGAGAGGCUCCACCCCUCCUGCUCCAAACUUAUGGAAGUCACCACUGAGCACCUCAAUGAGUAUGCUGGUGAAGGUUUGCGGACUCUAGCUCUGGCCUAUAAGGACUUGGAUGAAGCCGAGUUUCAGGCGUGGAGAGAGCGCCACCAUGAGGCCAGCACUGCUCUGGAGGAGCGGGAGGAAAAACUGGACGCCAUCUAUGAAGAAAUCGAGACUGAUCUUCUGCUUUUAGGGGCGACCGCGGUGGAGGAUAAGCUGCAGGAUGGCGUUCCUCAGACCAUCGAGCAGCUCUCCAAAGCGGACAUCAAGAUCUGGGUCCUGACUGGAGAUAAGCAGGAGACGGCAGAGAACAUCGGAUAUUCCUGUAACAUGCUGAGGGAGGAGAUGACGGAGGUGUUCGUCGUAGCGGCUGAUACAGCAGAGGGCGUGAGGGAGGAGCUAGUGAACGCCAGAAAAAAGAUGUGUCCUGGCUCUCCAGACGAGGCUCCCUUCCAGAAGAGCAGGUUCGGGAGUAAAAAGCCCAAGCUGGUGCUGGAUGAGAAGGCAGAUGGAGAGUUCGGCCUGGUGAUAAAUGGACACAGCCUGUCGUAUGGUCUUCAGAAGGAUCUUCAGCUGGAGCUGUUGAGGACGGCCUGUAUGUGUCAGACGGUGAUAUGCUGCAGGGUCACGCCCCUUCAGAAAGCUCAGGUGGUGGAACUGGUGAAGAAGUAUAAGAAAGCCGUCACCCUCGCCAUCGGAGACGGAGCCAAUGAUGUCAGCAUGAUCAAAGCUGCCCAUAUUGGAGUGGGUAUCAGUGGUCAGGAGGGCAUGCAGGCUGUUCUGUCCAGCGAUUACUCCUUCGCUCAGUUCCGGUACCUACAGCGCCUCCUGCUGGUCCACGGGCGAUGGUCUUAUCUGCGCAUGUGCAAGUUCCUGCGAUACUUCUUCUAUAAAAACUUCAGCUUUACGUUUAUCCACUUCUGGUACGGCUUCUUCUGCGGCUUUUCUGCUCAGACGGUGUAUGAUGAAUGGUUUAUCACGAUGUAUAACCUGGUGUACACGGCGCUGCCCGUCAUCGGCCUCAGUCUCUUCGAUCAGGAUGUAAAUGACCGCUGGAGUUUCCAGUACCCCCAGCUGUACUCCCCGGGUCAGCAGAACCAGUACUUCAGUAUAAAGGCCUUUGGGAAGAUCCUCCUGCACAGCUGCUACAGCUCCCUCAUCCUCUUCUUCAUCCCGUACGCCGCCAUGCACGACACAGUGCGCGACGACGGGAAAGACAUCGCCGAUUACCAGUCCUUCGCCCUGCUCGCCCAGACCUGCCUGCUGAUGGUCGUUAACCUGCAGCUGGGACUGGACACGUACUACUGGACAGCAGUCAAUCAUUUUUUCCUGUGGGGAAGUCUGUCUGUCUAUUUUGCUGUUUCCUUCACCCUCUACAGCAACGGCAUGUUCCUCAUCUUCACCUCCUCCUUCCCCUUCAUCGGAACUGCGAGGAACUCUCUGAACCAGCCCAACGUCUGGCUGACCAUCUUCCUGACCACCAUCCUGUGUGUUCUGCCUGUAGUGGCCCUCAGAUUUCUGCUCAUCCAGCUCCGGCCCACCAUUAACGACAAGGUUCGCUACAAAGUGAGACAAGCCAAAGCCGUGCUACCUCCUCCUGUUCGCCGUUUCCCACGGCGACGCAUCAGCACCCGUCGCUCUGGCUACGCCUUCUCUCACGCCCGCGGUUACGGCGACUUGGUAACUUCAGGACGUUUCCUGCGGAGGCCAGUAAAGAGCAGACCAGCGCUGUUCCCGUUAGCGGAGUCGCCUAUAGCCGAAAAUUCACCGCAGACCUACCGCAACAUCGGAGAGGGGACGCCGAGCUCCUAGCAGCCCUGCCACCAGGGGGCGCUCUCAGGAACAUUUACUGAACUGUACUUCUACGCCUACGUCUGUGAGCUCACGUCGUUUUACAUCACAUAUAAGAUUAGUGUGUUCACUAUUUCACGAGGCUGUGUCACAUCUACCAAACCUGAAUGUAUAGAAAAUGAUGAUGAAACAUAGAAAUUGCAGAAUUAAAAAAUGGAGACAAAACUGUAAGUAACUAAAUUCUUAUAUAUUUUGGCCCCAAAUGAUAGAAAGCACAGCUUUGCAGAAGCAAAAAAAGAGAGAUAUACUGUGAAAAGCAUAUAUGGUAAAAAAAAAUCUAUACAAUCAUAAUUUAUUUUUAGAAUUUAUUAAAGAAUUAUUUUAAUCUAUGCUCAAAUAGCUUAAAUAUUGCAUACUUCUGUGAGAGUGCCUUUUUAAAAUGUAUGGCAAAAAUAGGAGCAAAAAGCACAUCUUAAAAAAAACUGUACUAUUUUAUUUAACUAACAGAAACUACUUUGAUUUUACUAAUCUGCUAAAUUGUUGAUAUUUUAAUAUUUAAUGGUAUUUUAUGGUUUUGGCUGGAUUGUACAGAACAUGUUCAAAAUAUCAUAUAAAUUAAAGUGGCUGAAAACUGAAAGCAGAAGCAUUUCUGAGUGCAGAAGAAUAUGGAUAAAAUAUAGUGUUUAAUGGUAUCAGCAUGCUGAAAACUCUGACCCUGCUAAGCCUAAUAAUAUAUUCAUUCUAAAAAACGGGGUGUCGGGUUUGAGUUCUUCUUCUGGACUUUUAACGCGUCUUUAUAUACUUACGCCACACGUACAGCCUCUAAAAGAGGAUCCAGCUCAGUUUUACUGAAUUCUAGUAACUGGUGGAGCAAUGGAGACUUCAGAAGAGGAAACUUAGAAAUCAGUAGCUCAUUCACCCAUAGUAAAACCAAAGAAACGAAAGAGUGAAGUUUCUGACUCAGUGCUCUCUCUCUCUCUCUCUCUCUCUCUCUCUCUCUCUCUCUCUCUGUGAUUAAACAUAACCUGGAAUCAGAUUUAUCCACUCUGAAAGGAGACCACAUCACACCCGCCCAGUUUAAAAUGAUUCUUCCGCAUGCUCGGUGCAAUUCUCACCAGAGAGGGAGCUAAAUCCCAAAACUUACAGACAUCAGCUUUAAUUUUUAAUCAGUUUUAUUCCUUAUCCAAUAUCCAGAAUAUUCUGUUAAUUUUUUAAUUGACAACUAAUACAAUUCUCCUAUAAAAUUACACUGUAUUUAGUGUCAAAUUUGCAAUUUCUCACAGUUUAUUAUGCUAUUGGGCGAACCUUUUCUUUUUAUAAACUAACAAGGUGUCCAAGACUGCAGUUUGACACUCCUCUCUGGACACUGAAAACUGUAAGCUAAAUCUACAUCAGCUGACAUGAGAUUAGCUUUACUUUUAGUUUUUUUUAUCCUUUUUUUUAAAGCUGAUUGUUUAAACCUCUAGUGCCUUAAUUUGGUUCAGUGUGUUUAUAAUUGUGUCUAUAAUUAAGGAUCGACUUUAAUGUGUUCAGUUGAAAGUGUUGUGUAAUGUCAUGUGUUUUUUUAUGCUGAUUAAUGCCUUAAUAAAUGUUGUGAGAUUGUAACAUUA